AUGACUGAAGUACCCCCCAGACCCACCGAAGGCCAGAGCCUGGCGCUUCGCCACCUCAGCGCCCUCUCCUCCCCAAAACCCGCGGGGCCGUUCCCCACCCCCUGCCCGGCCUGGGAGCGGAACCACGCAGACGCCUCUCCCGCUCUGUCCCUCUGCUUCCCCCCCACACUGAGAGCCUGGCGCUUCGCCACCUCAGCGCCCUCUCCUCCCCAAAACCCGCGGGGCCGUUCCCCACCCCCUGCCCGGCCUGGGAGCGGAACCACGCAGACGCCUCUCCCGCUCUGUCCCUCGGCUUCACCCCCACACCGCAGCCCAGCAGAGCCCCCCACCCUCCCCUGCCUGGGGCGUUUUGGGAACGUUGCUGUCUCGGAAUCGGUUGCCUCCACGAGCAGCGCCUUGGGCUCGGGUUGCCUGCGAUACUCGCGUCUUGCCUUUGCGCUGGGAGCCGGGGGCUCUCCGGGGCAGCGGUGGGGGGGCCAUCAGGUCCGCGCUGACCUCGGCAUGAUCCUGCUGUGCGGCCUGCGCGGGGACUGGGGGAGAACGGGGGUUCUGAAGGGAGCUUUGCCUUAG